CUUGUGUGAAUUCCAUUUUAUGUAUCUACUUGCAUUAUAUCCAUUGUAUUGCACAUUUUGCGGAAAAAAAUCUUGUAAUUUCAGUCCGCUUGUUAAAUCAUGACUUUCCAAUAAUACUGUUUCUAGAUCCAAUCUGCUAAUUAUUUCAAGUGAAAAUCUCAAUAGCCAUUUAUAUAAGUAAUAUUCAUUCUGUAUCACACCUUUAAGCUAAGUUUUUAAAAAAUCACACUGUACGCAGCAGCAUAUCUGGACACCAAUUAUUUAACAGUUUAGAAUAGGUUAUUUACUAUCUGGCCAACUAAAAUUUCAGUAUGGAGAUAAAGCUCUGCAUGUCUAACAGACAUUUCUUGCUGGAUGAAGGACCAUCACCUUCAUCUCAACCUAGCUAAAACAGAACUGCUUGUAGUUUCAGCAAACCCAUCGCUUCAUCACAAUUUCAUCUUCCAGGCUCAUCAACCAUAACUCCUUCAAAAACAGCCAGAAACCUUGGAGUUGUGAUUGAUGGUAAGCUGACAUUCUCAGACCACAUUGCUAAAACUGCCCGGUCCUGCAGAUUUGCAUUAUACAAUAUUAAGAAGAUCAGGCCCUUUCUCUCAGAACAUGCUUCACAAUUCCUUGUUCAGGCCCUUGUUCUGUCCAGACUUGACUAUUGCACUGCUCUCUUGGCAGGUCUUCCAGCCAAUUCCAUCAAACCUCGACAAUUAAUCCAAAAUGCCGCUGCAAGAUUAAUCUUUAAUGAGCCGAAAAGAACGUACAUCACGCCUCUGUUCAUCAAUUUGCACUGGCUACCAAUAGCUGCUCGCAUUAAAUUCAAGGCAUUAAUGUUUGCCUGGUCGCCGUGAUUUUGCCAAGUAAGACAUGUUCCUGGAUCAACAUCUUUUGUUGAUCUUGGAUCAACAUUAUUGUCCAAAAAUAUACAUUUAACCCAAUCUCUACCCCUAAACCUAACCCUACCCAUAAUUUAUUCCUAAAAUCAGUGAGAAAUGAUAGCUGAUUAACAAGGGUGUCGAAGCACCUAACCCUGAUCAUAAGCCUAAAACUUAUAUUUCCUGAAAAGUUAUCCUUCAAUUCUGAUUGGUUGAUCGGAAUGACGUUCCAGGAUCAACAAGGAUGUUGAUCCAGGAACAUGUUGUACUUGGUGAAAUCACGCUUACCUGUUUGCUUACAGAACCACCACUGGCUCUGCACCCCUUUACCUAAAUUCAUUACUUCAGACUUAUGUGCCCUCUAGAAGCUUGAGUUCUGCAAGUGAACGACGCAUUAAAGGGGCACAAAAUCACUUUCACAGACUUUUUCAUUAACUGUUCCCAUCUGGUCGAAUGACCUGCCCAACUCAAUCCGAGCAGCUGAAUCCUUACCCAUCUUCAAGAAACGGCUAAAAACUCAUCUCUUCCAUCUUUAUUUUACCCUAUAACUCUAGCACUCUCUAUUCUAAUUUUAUUUUAUCUAUUUGUCUUCUUUUUAUAAAAAACCCCCCCCACACAUUUGACCCUCCAUCAAUUCCAUAUUUAUUCUCUAACACUAGCUUUCUUUUUUCUAUUCUAUCUACUUGUUUCUUAUAAAAAAAUAAAAUAAAACAAAACACUAGGUUUCUUUUUUCUAUAUUCUGUCUACUCGUUUUCUUAAAAAAAAAAAAAACUUUUUAUGUGUACUGCGUUAGGCUAACCAAGACUUGUAAUAGCAAUUGCAUGUUGUUGCUCUUUUGUUGGUUUUGAUUGCUUCUAAUGUCCUCAUUUGUAAGUCGCUUUGGAUAAAAGCAUCUACUAAAUGUAAAUGUAAAUGUAAAGCUUAGGAUCAAGCUUUUUCGGAAAUACUAACACGCAAAUUGUGAGUGCACAUUAGCCCAGUUUGAUGUUUGUCUUUGCGAUUUGAGGACGUGUUUGGACCUAGAAACAGUAAUGCAUGACAUUAGACUCAAACGGAUAGCAAUUCAAGCAAUCUUUUUUUUAGGUCAAAAAAAUUCACCACACAGAUUUUGCAACGGGUUCAAGUUUUUCAUGUAAAUUCGCCAUGUUGACAGAAAGCUGCUCGGUUUGACAGUUACUCCAUUGUGAGCUGUGCUUAAACAUCGCUAUACUAUUGACAAUUAACAAUUUAUUUGGCUGCAAAAUUUAGCUAAUGUGACCACACCUUUAGAUCAGUAACACUAUCAGCCUUUGCCGUCAACAUAUUGAUCGAUCAGCAGCACUUGUGGCAUAGUAUUGAUUGUUACAGAAUUUAUUGGCAAAAUGAGUGUCUGUUACCCAGUAGGGAUAGAGCUAGUGUUGCGCGUUGCUUAAAAGUCAGGUUCGUUCCUGUCUGACAACCCUUCAUAAGCAUCAUUCUGGCCAGUUUUGUGCCGCUACUCCCCCUCAUGGUCUGUGUUUACAGUGAAUAGUGAAAUCACACCCCAGCUAAGUGCAGCAGCUAGUGCUAGCGCAGAGAUAAACCUACCCCUCCCUUCAGAAAUCUGCUGUGCCUCAAAACGGCUCAUAUCUUAUCAGAGCCUGAAUUUGAACAUUACACACAACCAAAGCAUCGCUCGCAGACAGAUUAGCAACACGUCGCUCUUGAGCCUGAUCAGACCUCUUUUGUAUUUUUUAUUUGACGGCAGCUGCGGUUAAAAGGUUGUGGAGCCUGUUAGGCUCAGAACUUGAGUUUGUACACUGUUUCCCCUUCUUCAAUCUGGUUUCCCUUAAUAGACGGUUUCCCAUUAGCAGCUCUGCACUCACAUGUAUACAGAAAUGUUCACAGUACACAGACAUGCAUUGUCAGGGCAAGCAGGCCAUGUGACUGCAAACAACAGUUUUAAUAGGGGCCAGGCCAUGCCCCUACCUCUCAUGGGACCUUUUAUGACAAAAACAGAUCUGCUAUACUGUCGCCCACCAUCAAUGCCGGCCACAGCCAAAUCAAAAGUCCUCUGUUUUGGGGCUGCUAUUGACUGAAACACUGCCACUCAUUGUUUCUCCUGAUGUUUGCACUGUGGUACAACAAAGCUGUGUCCUUUGAGCAAGACAUCUAGGGUCAGUUUUGGGCCAUGAGCGUACAAAGCCUUGGACAAAUGUGAUUGUUUGAAGCUCAUCAUGUGAUGCCUUCACACUCAUUUCCAAUGCAUACGAUCCCUUCAUCCAGGCUUGACGAAACGCAUACGCCUGGAACACUCUGAACUUCAUAAACAUGGAACAUGGACCUUUAGCUGCCUUACUGGCUUAUGUAAGCAGGACGAUCUAGUACACAGACGCCCAAAACAGUCUACGAGAACUAAGGUCUGACAUUCCAUCGGACGGAAAGUGUCUGAAGAAAAUUAAAGGAGGGAGGAGUUGACAACAGAUGAAUCAGUCACAGAAAUACAGGGAAGCACACUGGACGCCAUGAGGGAGGAGAGCGAAGGAAUCUUACGGUUUCGACUUUCUCUUGAUGAACACUGAAGUCCACCUAAAGCCUGCCGUGCUCAGGGGAGAGAGUCCCCUGAUAUGAACCCCAAGUCCUUGGGAUCUGGAAUGCAAACACGCCCUUAUGCCAGGGCCUGAGUGGGUCUUCCACCAUGUCAUGGUAGCAUUGUACGCCAAAACAUCAACCCUUAAAAAAAAAUUGUAAACUGUAGACUUGAACAAUGCAUGUUGUGUAACACCAAUCUGAAAUUGGUUUCCAACAAAAACUUCCUCUAGUAUCAGCUCUACUGUAUCACCAUAUCAUUUUACAUUGCAUACAUUUACCGUCCACUCUCCCACUUCCUGGGAUUACCAGCUCAAGUCCAGGUGCAGUCAACCAUGGGGUGCCGGCAGAGUUCGGAGGAGAAGGAGGCCGCCCGGCGCUCACGUCGCAUUGAUCGACACCUCCGCUCAGAAAGCCAGCGGCAGCGGCGUGAGAUCAAACUCCUCCUGCUCGGCACCAGCAACUCCGGCAAGAGCACCAUCGUGAAGCAAAUGAAGAUCAUCCAUAGUGGAGGCUUCAACCUGGAGGCCUGCAAGGAAUAUAAGCCCCUCAUCCUCUACAAUGCCAUUGACUCGCUCACCCGCAUCAUCCGCGCCCUUGCCACCUUGAAGAUCGACUUCCACAAUGCCGAUCGGGCAUACGACGCAGUGCAACUCUUCGCCCUCACCGGGCCUGCCGAGAGCAAGGGCGAGAUCACGCCAGAGCUCCUGGGGGUGAUGAAGCGCUUGUGGGCCGAUCCAGGUGUGCAGGAGUGCUUUUGCCGCUCCAACGAGUACCACCUAGAGGACAAUACAGCCUAUUAUCUAAACGACCUGGACCGCAUUUCAGCGCCCGAGUACAUCCCAACCGUUGAGGACAUUCUGCGCUCACGUGACAUGACCACUGGCAUUGUUGAGAACAAAUUCACCUUCAAGGAGCUCACCUUCAAAAUGGUGGACGUGGGCGGUCAGCGUUCAGAAAGGAAGAAGUGGAUCCACUGUUUUGAGGGUGUGACUGCCAUUAUAUUCUGUGUGGAGCUCAGUGGCUAUGACCUCAAGCUUUAUGAAGACAACCAGACGAGCCGUAUGGCGGAGAGCCUGCGUUUGUUCGAUUCCAUCUGCAACAACAACUGGUUCACCAAUACCUCGCUCAUCCUCUUCCUCAACAAGAAGGACCUGCUGGCCGAGAAGAUCAAGCGUAUUCCGCUGACGGUCUGCUUCGCCGACUACAAGGGGCAAAACACCUACGAGGAGGCGGCCGUGUACGUGCAAAGGCAGUUUGAGGACCUCAACCGCAACAAGGAGACCAAGGAAAUCUACUCGCACUUCACUUGCGCCACUGACACCAGCAACAUCCAGUUUGUGUUUGACGCGGUGACGGACGUGAUCAUCCAAAACAAUCUCAAGUACAUUGGGCUGUGCUAGGACGAGGGGAUGGGGGAGAGGGGCGGCGGGCGAGUCAAACGGAAAAAAAACCCUGGCGAACGACGAGGCCCGCCUGUCGAUGGAUCUGAGUGCCCUCAAAAACGCUUGUUGAAACAGGAAACUCAAUUGAGGCCCAGAGGAAAGGGCUACAUGCUGCCAUCCUGCUAGAUUUAUCAAUGUCAAAAAUUUAAAGGUCAAAGAGGAUUUUACAAAGUUGGUAUAAAUGUGUUUGCACUGAACAUACGAGUAUGUAGACACACACACACAUACACCAUCGUUACGUUUCUUCACACACAACGGACUUCGGGAUCAAGUGUCAAGCACAUGUUUGACAUGGAAACACUGGAAACAGAUCUCCCCGCUCCUCUCCUCCCUGACAAACAGCAGGAAUUCCUUAAUGUCCAUGAAAGGGAUAGCUCACCCGAAAAUGUGCUCAUUUGCUCAUGUCAUUCCAAACUUGUAUGACAUUCUUUCUUCCGUGGAAAAGGAGAUGUUUAGCAGACAUACAAUGACAGUGAAAGGUGAAAAUGACAAAAUCACCAUAAACGUAACUUAAAAUUUGACUUGUGCACUUAUUAUUAAGGAAUAUCUUUUAAACCGAUAUGCACAUGUUCAAAUUUGGUGCAUCACAACUGGUGAAUUUAUACAUAUUACAGUUGAACCACGGCAGAAGAUGAUUAAAAUGAUAUGAUUUAAAAUGUGGAUUAAAACAUUUAAUUUGAUAUUAUUAUUAUUUUUAUAAGUUCACAUUUUAAAAGUGUACAGUACUUAAGUGUGUUAAGAAAAAGAGUCGUGAAAGUCUACUCUCUUUAAGUACACUUAAGUGGCCUUUUAUUUCAUUAAUAUUAUAUUAUCUGCAAGUAUAGUUUAUUUAAAAAUACACUUUUAAAAUUUGAAAAGCGCAUUCAAAAAAAUUAAGUGCAGUCUUUUCUCAAGGGAAGAAAAAAAAUUAGUUUUUGGGUCUGUCCCAAUACCCAAACUCGUGGUCUUGGCCACUGGAGAGUGAGUGCAUGUCACAGGAAGUAAGUGUGCAAGACUGUCCCAGGUCUUUAGGAAAAUUUUGGAAACUUUUUUGAAAAUUUCCAGAAAUUUGAUGGAAAAUUUCCACCUCUUUGCAACCCUAUCAUUAAUUUACAAAAUGUAAAAAUAAAAAUGUUGAGAAAAGAAAACCUUUGCGGUAUAAGUUAAAGGUGCCAUAGAAUGGAAAACUGUAUUUACCUUGGCAUAGUUAAAUAAUAACAGUUCUGUACAUGGAAAUGACAUACCGUGAGCCUCAAACACCAUUGUUUCCUCCUUCUUAUGUAAAUCUCGUGAAUAAAAAAGACCACUGAAAAACAGGCGAAUCAGAACAUAACACCGACUGUGAUGUAAAAGUCGGGAUCACUACGCCCCCAACAUUUGCAUAACGUCUACCCGCCCAUGUUCUACGCUAGCCGCCAGCCGAAUCAUCAGAAGUUCUGCAGGUAUUGUAAAGAAACAAGCGAGGACAACAGCGAAAAUGGCAGAUCAUGGAAGUAAAUGUUAUGUUCCAGGCUGUGCAGGGGAUGUGAUGUGCAGGGAUGGGUUGGUGUCUGUAUUCAGAAAGGCACGGAAAGCAAAUAACGCGUUCUAAUAAAAUAACGCGAGCCACUAAAGGGACAGGGUUAGCUUGUUAGCAGUAGUCUGUUGCAUUACAGUACAUAAGAUUUCACUUACCACAUAAACAGAGUAAGGAGAGAUGACUGAGGAUGAUGGCGAAUGAUUUACAGAUCCUGAGCACCACUUAAAAGCAUCUGAUCUUGUAAAAUGUGUGGUAACUGCCGCUCCAUAGUAUAAACAGAGCUCAUACGAUCGCGAAUCUCGAAAGCGAAAGUAAAACUAUAACAUGAUCGACCGAUAGUUCAAUGCCCCGCGUAUUAAUAGCGGCUCCCCGACAAUAUAACUGUGAGAAAAAGUAUUCAAAUAUAUAUUUUCCUCCCUGUGUUUCCUUCCUGCUGUGAGCUACUGAAAUGAGCCGCAUAGAAAAUGCCAAUCAGAGCAGAGCUCAACAUUGAGCCACACUGAGAAACAGCCAAUCAGAGCAGAGCUCAUUAUUCAUGACCCUUCCAAAUAAGCCAAUAACAAACCAUUUCAUUCCAGGGAGAAAUCCUAGGUUGUAAAUGCACAUGUAAACCCGUUUCAGAUUUUUUGCCCUUACCUAAGCCACAUACCUUCUAUGUAGAUAUCAGAGAACAAUUUAAAAUAUUGUAUCAAUGCAUUCUAUGGCCCCUUUAAGUGAAUUAGAUAUUACAUAUGAUUUGGUAGAAAAAUGGCUUUUUAUCACUUCAUUUGAGGUACCACACUGUAAAAUUGUGUUGUCUGUUAGAUAUGAACUACUGAACAGACAUUUAGAAGUUUAUUUUAAAUGUGCAAAAUAUUGAAAAUUUGUUACUAAAGAUCUGUGGGGGAAAAAAAAAAAAGUUAUUUUAACAACAGUUUCUGCUUGAAUGGAAUGGUUUCUAGUUGGUUUCUUAGUGUCAAAACAGUCCAGCCCAAUGUCUCUCAACAAUAUUAUUAAGUCUUAAAUAUUAAAGUCUUAAAGCUGUAUGCACAAUUUGUGCAUUGCAAUUGGUUAACACAAGUCAAAUCUGUCAUGGCACAUCUUGAACAUGAUUGAGAUUUGAGAAAUUAUCAGUGAGUAACGACUUAAAUUUGAAUGUUUUUCUCACACAAAUCUAUUGUAUGACUUCGUAAUAAAUUUGUAAUAUAGAUUAUAUGGACUGCUACUAUAGUACUUUUUGACAUUUCUGGCACUUAACAGCCAUUGGUCGCCAUGCACUGUCAUAGAGUGGAAAAGAGCAGCGUGAACAUUCUGUUAAACAUCUCUUUUUGCAUUCCACAGAAGAAAUAAAGACAGCUUUAAAGUGACAUGAGGGUGAGUAGAUGAUAAAAUUGUAAUCUAGGUGAACUGUUCCUUUAAGUUUUGUCUUUCUUUAUAGGGUCUUUGAUUUGCCUGAUUUAAGUAAUGCUGCUUUCGGAGAUGAUAUAAAGGGUUUAUAUGAAAAUACAAUUGUAAAUGAGAGGUUAAAAGUAUCCCGAGAGAAAGAAAAACAACAAAAAAUAAUGAUGUCAUUUGGUUUUGCUCCAAAGGUGAAAACUGCCACUGUCUGAAUAUGGAGUCAAAUGGCUUUUUUACUCACAUUCACACUGUAGUUUAUUUUUGGCUGUCUGACCCCUAGGAAUCAGUUUAUUUUCUUGUUUCUUUUUAUUCUGUUUUCCCUUUGCCUAAAAUAGGAUGUAAUCCAGAGUUUUUAGAGCAGGCAUCCUUCUUUCCAUGAGAGUGUUACACUGACGUGAGCAUUAAGUGUUUCAUAACGUUCAUUCCAGAUUCAGAGAAAAAAAUAAACAGUGCCAAUAUCAAUGUAAAUAAAAAAAGGCCCGUCAAUCAUGUCACUUUUCGGUUUUUAUGGACAAAAAAGUAUAUAUAUAUUGUAACAUUAAAUAUGCAUGGAUUUGUUACUUUGGGUUUUUGAUAAAUUAUAGUUUGAUUUGCUUUCUUAUAUUUUUAGUUUUACUAACAUGCUCCAAAAAUAUAUCAAAGUCAAACACUGUGUACGACUGUACAGUUGUUUCCUGCAAGGUAUUUAUUGAAAAGAGUUUUUUUUUUUUUUUUUCAUUUUACAUCCGGCGCAAUCUAAACUCAGAACGAAAACAUUAAAAGAGGAUUUACUCCUCGAAUUUUAACUAAAUCGGAAAAAGAGAGAAAAGAAAAUCUAUAAAAAAAAGCAGAAUCUUUCUAUUCUGGUAUCAUUUUGAGUGGACGUUGUCCACUGUAUGUGUAAAUACUAUGUGAGGUACACUUUGUGAGACAAUGAAAAAAAACAAAAACUAAAUCACUUUUUAAGAUGUAAGGCUGAUUGACAGAUUAAAGGGGUCCAUUCCGCUCCAGUCCUCCUUCUGUUCAGCUAUGACGAUGUACAACAAACCCAAAUAAGGGCUUCAGGAUUGAUUUUACAGGAUGUCCACCAAAAAAAAAAAAAAAAGAAAAAGAAACGAAGAAACAAAUAAUAAAGUUUAAAAGAACAAUAAUAGUGAAUAAAAAGAAUUAUGCAAAUGUUGUUUGUGCUGCAGGUUUGUUUCUUGUGUUGGGGUGAGUGAGGCUUCAGUAACUCUUCAUAAACUUAGUUACCCAUAAUUGCUUGUGUUUGACACUUUUUCCACAUAUACAGGCAUUAUACAGUCCAACAGUAAUGUGUAAUAAUAAUAUUUUAUAUUUAUUCAAAUGUUUAUAUAGGCAUUAACAACCACAAAAUUGUCACCCGAAAAUCAAAUUUAAAGAAACAUAUGCUUAUUUUUAAGAGCGUUAAAGGAAUAGUUAACCCCCAAAAACUAACUUACCCUCAGGCCAUUCAAGAUGUAGAUGAGCUUGUUCCUUCAUUGGAAACCAAUGGAUCCUUUGCAGUGAAUGGGUCCCACCAGAAUGAGAGUCCAAACAGCUGAUAAAAACAUCACAAUAAUUACAUUACUUCUGGCUAAAAUACGAGUCAUAUAUCCAUAAUAUUGUUUUCUCCAGUGAAGAAGUCAUCUAAUCUGAAUCAGUAGAGGACCAUUUACAAGUGAAAACAAUCCAAAACAGUUGUAAAAUAAUAUGUCUAUGUAUUUUAAUGUGAGAGGACAACAGGGGAUGGACUUUUUCACUGGAGGAAGUUUUAUUAUAGGUUAUGGACAGAAGUGAUGGUUAUAUUUUUCUUUUAUGCCAAAAAUCAGAGCAUGUUCCAUGAAGAUAUUUUGUAAAUUUCCUUCCGUAAACAUAUCAAAACUUAAUUUUUGAUUAGUAAUAUGUAUUGCUAAGGACUUCAUUUGGGUGACUUUAAAGGCAAUUUUCUCAAUAUUUUUAUUUUGUAUUUUUUUUGGUCCCACUUUAUAUUAGGUGGCCUUAACUACUAUGUGCUUACAUUUAAAUUAAUAAUUUGAUACAAUGCGCUUAUUGUGUACAUACAUGUUUUUACAUUGUACUUAUAUUUUUAAAAAUACCUAUAUGUAAUUACAUCUGUAAUUAAUUUCUGUAAUUACAUUUAUGAUUACACUGUUGACCCAUCUCUUACACCUUAACCCACCUUUAAACCUACCCAUACCACCAAACCUGUCCCUAACCUUACCCGUAUCCCACCUCAAUAGCAGCAAAAGAGUUUUGCAAUACAAUAUGACCACAAUAAGUACAUAGUACUUAUUUUUUUAUGUAAAUAAAUAGUAGUUAAGGCCACCUAAUAUAAAGUGUGACCUUUUUUUUUUUUUGCACCCUCAGAUUCCAGAUUUUCAAAUACUUGUAUCUCGGCCAAAUAUUGUCCUAUCCUAACAAACCAUAGAUCAAAGCUUAUUUAUUCAACUUUCAAAUGAUGCAUAAAUCUCAAUUUCAAAAAAUUGACCCUUAUGACUGGUUUUGUGGUCCAGGGUCAAAUUUCAGAAUUUUCACAACUCUUAUGCAAAAUAGAUUAUAUAUGAUUUUUUUACUGUAACAUGCUGAAAACAAGCCAUAUUGCUGUAACAACAUUAAGAAAAAUAGGAAUAAAAAAAAAAAGGUUCUAUACACAUUACAGUGAUGGGAACUGAGGAAAAUAUGUUAUGAAAAUAAUGCAAAAGCUUUAAUGGCCCUAAAAACGGGCUUCAUUUACUUUGUGCAAAAUAUAUUUUUUAAUUUGUUUUCUUUUGAUUUAUAUUAUAUGGCACUACUAUGUGAAUAGUUGAAUCCUGUUGGUUGAAAUACACCAUUUAUAUGUAAGAAUGCUCCUAUAAUUAGUUAAUAGUUAUGUACAGUAAUAGUAAAAACUGAUGUGGUUUAUGAAUCCAAACUUUUUUGCCUAUAUACUUUACAGUAACAGCAUUUAAUACUGUUAUAACAUGGCAUAAAUACAGUAUACUGUCUGCACUUGGAAAUAUAUUCUCUGAUAUUAUUUGCUCGAUUGACCACUAAUGCAAGACAACUUAAAUAUGGUCACCGAUACACAUUCCAAUAUGCAUGUUUUCACAGCAUCAACCGCAUUAUCAGCCACAUUAAAUUUUAAAAGCAAUAACUUGGGGCAGCUAAGUGGCCAUAUGCAUUGCCUCCAUGAUAAAUAAUUUGCACGCAUGUAUUGACUGCUGACACUGUAAUUCAAUGGCAUAUGCCGCAGGCUGAUGCAUAGCAUGUAAUCCAUGAGGAAAUUGUUUCUUCCUGCGUAAUUGUCCCUGGACAUCAGAUUCUAGGAAAUGUCUUCUCAUUUUGUCUCAAUUCAGUCCACUCAAGCAACAGUAGAAGCUCAACGCUGCUUUUAUUUAUGGUGCAUUGCACCAUGGCAAUCAACAUGCUAAUUAAUUGUGCAAUUAAAUUAUUCUUCAAUUGAUUUAUGUCUGCAGAGGGUUUGUAGUAAAAAGAACUGUGAGAGGGAGAGAUGGACGGAAGAGAAGAUGAGGGAGAAAGAGAGGCUGGAAUGAUCUCGCAUAAUGGAGCAAUUAGUGGCCAAACCCUGGAUGACCCUUUAUUGUUGUCAUUACUAACACAGCCCAUUGUUUAUCACGCCACUAAUUCUAGAGUACCAGGACGAAACAGCCUACAGAACUGACAAAAUAAAGGUUUAUGUACCAAGGAAGCAUUUUGAAUUAAUCUGUUCAAGAUACUCAGAGCUAUUCUAUCAUGUGUGGGUGCCACCUCCUCCAUUUUAUCACUAAUGUUUUUCCUGACUACACUGUACAACUCAUUAUGUAUCUACACCAUCAGAAAAAAAAUGUCUAUAAAUAUUUACAAAUCUGCUUUGAUUAAGAAUAAAUUGAGAAUACAGGACUGUUUCAAACUGA